UAAAUAAUUAAUGUUGUUAUCUCUUAAAUGGAUUUUAUAGAGUUCAGUUAAUAAGUGACCGUCAAUCUAAAUACUUCUUUGUUAAGUUUAAAUUUUGGAUUUUUUUUUUUUUUUUGAGAUCAUCAUGGAUUUGAGGAGUUUUAUAAACCUUCUCCGGAUCCUCCCGCUCCUAUUCACAUUAUCCCUCGCCGAAGAACCAAUGAAAUGCACCUACGGAGAACGCGGAUCCUUGACCGCGACCUGCGUGAACGCCAUUCCCAGUUUCUUCAAAUCCACCGCCUACAAGUUCGACCAUCUGGAUGAAACGUUACGAUGCAUCAAUUGCAACUUAAAAGUGAUCGAGCCGCACACCUUCGAUAUCUCUGGAAAUCUCAUUAAGGAGCUGGACUUGAACCGCUCGAAUAUCCAGGUUUUAAAGGAGAAAGCGUUCAUGGGGCUGAUUUUCUUGCAAAAGCUGAAUCUGGCUGAUAAUUUAAUUGAGACUAUUGAACCCGGUACAUUUAACGGAACAAAAAAAAUCGUAACUCUGGAUAUUUCCGGUAAUAACAUUCACACUUUGACCGCAUCCGGAUUUGCCGAGCUGAUCGCGUUAGAAGAGCUCAUCCUCCAUUCAAACCGCAUUAAAACCGUCGAUCCGGGCUCCUUUAACGGAUUAAGUAAACUGAGAAUCCUGGAUUUAAGCUCCAACCAGUUCAUAUCCAACUUAAAUAAGUCAGUGGGGGAUCUCCACACCCUGGAACUCCUAAAUUUGCAUUUGAACAGCUUGGCGAGCCUGGAUCCGAACGAGUUUUUCGACUUGAUUAACUUGAAGGAGUUGGAUUUGAGUUCUAAUCAGUUAAACGAGGAUUUGGUGAUCACUAUGACCCCCGAAAACACCCUUAGGAGGUUAAUUCUGGAUAAUAAUAAUUUUAAAACGCUCGGGUUCGCUUUGCAUAAUUUAAAUGCCCUGGAAGAGUUGGAUUUGAGCCAUAACCAGAUUGCUCAGGCGAACGGUCACUUGGCUGGACACUUAUACAACCUGAGAAUCUUACGGUUGGAUUUUAAUAAUUUAACCAUUAUUAAAACCGGACAGUUUAUAGGGUUUCCACAGUUAAGAGUGUUGAAUGUGUCGCAUAACGCUAUUGUGGACGUGGAAACUACUGGGGUGUUUUCCUUGCAGAACGUCCAUACUUUAGACUUGUCGUACAAUAACAUUUCUGAUAUAGAUUAUACGAUUUUAACGUUCCGAUUUCCUGCUUUAGUACAUUUAAGGCUGGAAGGGAACGUGUUGCCGUGCGCCCUGGAAAAAGAGAUGGAAGAAGCUUUUAAGGAGGAUAAUUUCAAGUAUGUUUUGUACGAUAGUCCGGAGCAUAAGUGCGUCGAUAAGUCUCCGAAAAGGAAACUUUACUCCGGUGAGUUUAAGAGCGAAACUCCUGAUCCGGAAAGUACCGGUGGUACCUCCAGUACGGGGUUACACGCCUUCAUUUUUGUACUAUUAUGGAUCGUCAUUAUUGCAGUCGGGGUGCUUUAUUAUAUACAGUAUUUGUUUUAUCGGGGUACCUUAGCACCCAGGCCCAAGAGGGUUGAGUCUACUGUAAGAUUGAUCUCUGCUGAAGGUGAACUAGUUUAGGUGUUAAUAAUAAUGUGAUAGUAAAUAAAUAUGUUUUUAAAAAG